AUGGCUAAAGUUUCAAAAUCCGGCAAGAAUGCCAAACCUGUGAAGAAGCAAGAGUCUCUGGACUCUGAGUCGUCGCUGUCGUCGUCGCUGUCAUCGUCUCUGUCGUCGUCUCUGUCUUCUGAGUCUUCGUCAGACUCUGAGUCGCUGGACUCUGAGGAAGAAUCAAAGGACGCUAAGGCUUCCAAGGCUUCAUCUGACUCUGACUCUGACUCAUCCAGCUCCUCUUCCUCUUCUUCCGACUCUGACUCCUCCCUGGACUCGGAAGAUGAAGCUGAGGACAAGGAAGCUUCGAAGGAAGCGACCACUGAAUCGUCUACCUCGUCUUCAAAGUCAAGCUCGGACGCGCUGAGCUCCUCCGACUCGUCUUCCGACUCCGAAGCUGAUGAUGAAUCCUCUGGUGAUGAAGGCAAGGAGACCAAGAAGGUUGAUGCUCUGUCGUCUAGCUCGAGCUCUGAGUCCGACUCGGACUCGGAUUCUGAUUCGGACUCGGACUCUGAUUCGGACUCGGAAGACAAGACCUCCACCAAGAGAAAGGCUGAAGACUCUGAACCCGCCGAUGUCCAAACUAAGAAGGCUAAAACUGAGGAGUCCGAACCGGCUACUUUGUUUGUUGGUCGACUCUCGUGGAACAUUGAUGAUGACUGGCUUAAGCGUGAAUUUGAACCUUUGGGUGGCGUGAUCGGCGCCAGAGUUAUGAUGGAACGCGGUACUGGUAGAUCUAGAGGUUACGGUUACGUUGACUUUGAAACCAAGGAAGCUGCCCAAAACGCUCUUGACCAAUUCCAAGGCCGUGAGAUCGACGGUAGACCCAUCAACUUGGACUUGUCGACUGGCAAGCCCAAGCAGUCUAGCACUGAAAACAGAGCUAAGCAAUUCGGCGACUCCCAGUCGCCCCCCUCUGACACUUUGUUCAUCGGUAACUUGGCUUUCGAUGCUGACCGUGAUGAAUUGUUCAACAUUUUCGGUGAACACGGUACUGUAAUUUCUUGCAGAUUGCCCACUCAUCCCGACACGCAGCAACCUAAGGGCUUUGGUUACAUUCAAAUGGGCUCCGUUGAUGAAGCCAAGGCUGCUUUGGAGGCCUUGAACGGCGAAUACGUGUUCAACAGACCCAUCAGAUUAGACUUCUCGACCCCGAGAGACCCUUCGACCAGACCGUCUGGUGGUAACAGAGGUGACAGGGGAGGUUUCAGAGGCGGCAGAGGUGGCUUCAGAGGUGGCAGAGACAGAUCUGGCACUCCCUCGAGACAAGGUACUCCUUCCAGAGGUCCCUCAGCUGCAUCUUUCCAAGGUACCAAGAAGACCUUCGACUAA